AUGAUCAGAGAGCUUCAGGAUGUGAAUGGCGAUAUCCUGACUGAGGGGGAUGCUAUUGGCCAGCGGCUAGUUUCCCAAUUUGAAGAAUUUGGCAAAAAGGGAGUCUCUGCAUUUCAUGCUACGGUAUUAGAUGUUAUCCCUGAGAUUCUGACUAAUAUGGAUAAUGAUAGUCUCUCUGAAAUCCCUUCGGCUACUGAAAUAAGUUGUGCAGCUUGGGAUCUUGAUCCUUCCAGUGUGCCUGGUCCUGACGAUUUCCCUGGAGUCUUCUAUACCACUUGCUGGGAUAUGGUUGGUAAUGACAUAAUGCUUGCAAAGUGGGUCAUUAUAGACCUAUUGCUAUUUGAUCCGAGCUCUCUCCUUCUCCGAUUGGUCUCUGAAGAGCAAGCAGCUUUCCAGAAAGGCCCCUUGGAUGCAUCUAUCUCAAGCUUUCAUUUCCUCUCGGAGCUCAACCUUAACUACAACCAAAAUCUCUCUUCCACAGUGCCAAGUUCUUUGGUGAACCUCACUUCUUUGACUGUCUUUAGUAUCGUGGAUUGUGGAUUCCAUGGAGUUUUUCCGAGCAAUGUUUUCCUUCAACCUAACCUGACACUGAUUCAUUUAUCAGGUAAUCCUCUCCUCUCAGUUCAGUUACCAGAAUUCCCUGAAGUCAACAACAGUUCUCUUCAAUAUUUGGGUGCCAGAGGCACGAAAUUCCAAGGGCAGUUUCCAAGUUCAGUUGGGAAUCUCAAGUUUUUGAAGAUAUUGUAUCUCGGGAAUUGCAACUUCUCUGGGGCACUCCCACCUUCUCUUGCAAACCUUAGCCAUGUUACCGAAUUGGAUCUUUCAGGGAACAGUUUCAGUGGUCAAAUUCCUUCCUUCUUCCCAGAUUUCCUUAGGGACAUCAAGUCAUUGAGUUAUUUAGAUCUCUCUAGUAAUAGAAUUGAUGGUGCAAUACCCAAAUGGAUAUGGCAAUUACAAAAUUUGUCAUAUCUAGACCUUUCUAACAACUCCUUGACAGGUCUGGAAUUGCCAUUACCACCUACUAAUCACUCCUUCAACAUUGAGUAUCUAUAUCUUGACUCAAACAAGAUACAACACUGUCUUCCAACAGCUCCAUGCUCUUCACAGACAUUCAAUCAAUCUAACAGUGAUCAAUUUGUGUCUCCAAUCUUAGGGAAUCUCACAUCCCUUCUCUCCAAAGCCAGAAUCUUUUCAAUUUCAGUGAAUAAAUUAACUGGAAAAAUCCCUUUCUCAAUCUGCAAUGCAAGUAAUUUGAAAUAUUUGGAUUUGUCCCAUAACCAAUUGAGUGGUCCUAUCCCGACAUGCCUUGGCAGUAGCAACUUGAAGCUACUAAGUUUAACGGUAAACAAAUUAGCUGGAAAUAUCCCUUUCUCAUUAUGCAAUGCAAGUAAUUUGGAGUUUUUGGAUUUGUCCUUUAACCAAUUGAGUGGCAUUAUCCCAACUGGCCUUGGCAAUAGCAACUUAUUGGGGGUAUUAAGUGUAGAGAGCAACAACUUAGUUGGAAAUAUCCCUUUCUCGAUCUGCAAUGCAAGUAAUUUGUAUCUUUUGAAAUUGUCUGAUAACCCAUUGAGUGGCACCAUCCCAACAUGCCUUGGCAGUAGCAACUUGGAGGUACUGUAUUUAGAGAACAAUAAAUUACAUGGUCCUAUUCCUCCGAUAUUAUUUAGAAGCGGAUGUCGUCUACAUUCACUUAAACUCAAUGGAAAUAUGCUUCAAGGACAAGUUCCAAGAUCAUUGGCUAACUGCAAGAAAUUGGUGGUGUUAGAUAUUGGGGACAACCAGUUGAACGAUAGCUUCCCAUAUUGGUUGGAAAAUCUCUCCCAAUUGAGUGUUCUUAUUAUGAGGUCUAACAACUUUGUUGUUGAUAUUGUGGAUAAGGGUCUACACAUCAGCCAGUUUCAUAUUGCAACAACUUUCACUACUGUAGAUUUAUCCAACAACAAAUUCAAUGGAGAGAUUCCAGAUGCAAUGGGCAACUUAAAAUCACUUAUGCUGCUCAACUUGUCAGGAAAUAGCCUCAUGGGUCGAAUUCCAUCUUCGUUGGAAAAUCUAAGCAAUCUUGAGUCAUUGGAUCUUUCAAGAAACAAUCUCUCAGGACAAAUACCCAGUCAAUUGACAAGUUUGACAUUCCUAUCGAUCUUGAAUCUGUCUGAUAAUAACCUCGUAGGAAUUAUACCACAAGGCAAGCAGUUUGACACUUUUUCGAACACUUUCUAUGAAGGUAACACAGGAUUAUGCGGUUUCCCAUUGUCAAGAAAGUGUGGAAUUACAGAUGGAGCAUUGCCUCCAAUCUUGACAUUGCAGCAAGAGGAAGAUUCAACACCUUUACUUGAUUGGAAAUUUCUCGUAGCUGGAUAUUGCUCUGGUUUAAUAGUUGGACUAGUCAUAGGACAACAAUUUUUUUGGAGAAACAACCGAUUCACUGCAUUUUGUUUGAGAAUCAGAGGAUCCAAGAAGAGAAAAGGGUUAAAGAGGAAACACAACAUCAGGAAGAAAUAA